AUGCCUGCUAUCACCCUAAACUCAAGUGCGACCGACGAGCAAAUCAAACAGGUGAAGGACAGCAUCACCUCAAGCGGCGGCAGCAUCAAGUCAGACUUUGAACUGGUCAAGGGCUUCACUGCUGAGGUUCCAGAGGGGAUGGUGGGCGUCUUGUCGAACCAUGAUUUUAUCGAAAAUGUAGAGGAGGACGCGAACGUGAGCACCCAGCGAUAG